AUGGCUGCGACAACUCUCUUGCUCUCUCCAACUACACCAUCUGACUAUUUCCGUAUAAUCUCUCCAACGUUAUCUGUACCAACAGACCCUCAAAUAUCCACCCCAGUGGGGCUCUUAGCAUGCCAACGUGACCCACUCCUGCGUACCCUUGAGACCACCGUCGUCACGGCAUACGUCUCUCAGCCUCCUCCUCCACAAGCAUCAGCAGGGAAAAAGACCAAGAAAGCCGUACUCGCCCCGGACCUCCCCAACGAACCUCUGCUGCAUGUUCUCCUGCACGAUACCGUCAUAUUCCCGGAGGGCGGAGGGCAGCCCACCGACACCGGAAUCAUCGAGACGACUGCUGAUGGGAAGGCCUGGGAGGUCGUGCAGGCGAAGAGACAUGGUGGGCAUGCGGUGCACUAUGUGAAGCUCCCUACCGGAGUGGACGCAGAUGCAGGGUUGCUUGCAUUCCAGCCUGGUGCGAAAGUUACCGUAUCUCUGGGGGACAAUGGGUACGAGAGACGAUAUGAUCAUAUGUCUAUGCACACCUCACAGCACCUCCUUUCGGCCCUACUGGAGACGCGCUUGAACUUACCGACACUCUCGUGGUCUCUGACUAGCUACCCCAGCCCAUGCUAUGUUGAAGUCCCGCGGGGUAUGACACAAGAAGAGAUCGCAUCUAUCCAGGCCGAAGCCAAUCGUCUCGUUUUUGAAGGCCGUAAGGUGCACGUCGAGGUCGAGGAGCUUGAUGUGGCACAAGAGCAAGCAAAACCCGUACAAAAGUUAGAGAGCGGGCGAGCGGUGGGUAAAGGACUUCCAGAGGACUACACGGGGGGAGUCAAACGCGUGGUGAUCAUUGACGGCGUCGACAAAAAUCCAUGCUGUGGAACGCACCUCCCCACGAUUCACAACCUCCAGCUCUUCCUUGUCCCACACACCGAAGCCCUCGCACGCUCAUCCACCACGACCGCGCGUCUGUACUUCCUCUGCGGCCCGCGCCUCAUCGCCCACCUCACAUCCACGCACACCCUUCUCGCAUCUACCGCGGCAAUUAUGAGCUGCGGCCCUCCCCUCGUACCCGAACGCGUCAGCCAGGUCGUCGACGAGCGCAAAAAGGCGGAGAAACGUGUCUCGGACACCGAGCAGGAGCUUGCAGAACACAUUGCACGGGACCUGGCAACAAAAAUCAGCACCUCUGAAGGCUCACCUUUCAAGUUCCAUCUGCACCGAACGGAUGAUACGAGUAAUGCGCUUGGGUUCCUGUCCUCAAUUGCAUUCGCCCUGACCGCCGCUGCCGAACCUUCCCGACCGUACGUGGUCGUGCUGAGCUCGUCGCCGACUACUCAGACAGCCAGCUCUGUUUCGACUGUUUUGGUGCUUGGAACCACCGAUUCGAGUGUGAAGGCGGCGGGCGACGGGCUGAAAUCGAAGCUGGGUGUCAAGGGUGGGGGUAAAGGUCCUCGAUGGAGCGGCAAGUUUACCGGGGUGUGGAAAGCAGGGAAGGAGGAUGUCGUGGUGCAAGAGGUCCUUGAUAGCAUCUGA